AUGGAUCGACGCCUCAACCACACGGUGAUGACGCAUGUUUUGGAUGCGCUGAAUGUUCAACGUAAAAGUGCAUUACUAUCCCUGCCGUUUGAGGCGUUUGCAACGACCAGUUUCACCGGUAACAAAACAUCGUCGUCGAGACUACUCAGCGGACAACUGGACACGGAAAAGGAGAUGAUGCCGUUUGUGCGUGACGCAGUGCUGCGAGCCGUUGAACGUUCCCCUCAAGAUUGUGGGGGCAAAAAAACAGCUGAAUGGCCCGAAGUCGGUACCCUCAUGGAAGGCCGCCGUCUUGUGGGUAUUGAUCUCGCCUGCACACGUCUGUCAGGUUCCUUUAACCGCAGCGAUCUUUCCGGGGCCAACUUUACUGGUGCCUUCGCAGACCACAGCACCUUCAACUUGACCCGGAUGCAGGGAUGUAAGUUGGCGGGUGCGCAGUUUCAUUCGUGUACCUUUCUGGCAUCUGAUGCGGCAGGUGUGGACGCGCGACGAGGGCGCUUCUCUCAGUGUGUUUUCUGUCGUGCUAACAUGACCGAUUGGGAUGUGCGCGGGGCGACAUUUUAUUGCUGUGUCUUCAAAUUGAGCGAUCUGAGCCGUUGGGUAUAUGACAGCCAGACGACAGUGGUGGAGCCUGUUGAUUGGGGCUGUUGCCGGCGUCUCGGCUGGAUGACUCCUUCUGAGGAUUGUGGGGAUUGCCUUGUAGUUGGAAAGGGAGGUGGUUUCCCUUCGCUGGGUCCCCGAGAGGAAACAUCACCACGCAACUGA